UCACUACAGGGAGGGGUACCCGCCGCGUAGGCACAGGCACGAGGACACACUUGGGCGAGCAGCGCCGCCCCCAGGGGCCUUGGAGGAGCGCAGAACCCCUCCCUGUGAACCAGUUUCCGCGGGGGACCUUGUGGAUGUAACACCAACCAGAGAGGUGCGGGCCGAAUGGCUGCCCGCCGCCGGAAGUGACGAAGGGAGGCGGUGCCCAUCCCCGUGGCAGCCUCCCCUGCAGGAAUAGGGCGGCCCUGGAAGGGGGCGGAGCCGUUUCAGCUUCGCUGAGCGUCGGCGCGUCCUGUCUCCUCCCCCCCCCCGCCACUUCCUUUCCUGGCUGCCCAGGGAGCCGGUCGCGGUGGCAGCGCAGCGCGGCGAUGGCGCUGAGCCUGACGGUGAACGCGGAGCUUCCCCCGCUCGGAGCUUUGCUAACUGUAGAGCACGUGAAAAAUGAUGUCAAAAUUUCGGUUGAAGAAGGCAAAGAGACUAUCCUCCGUGUAUCUGACCAUGCUGUGUUCACUGAUGUGAAUUCCAUAGUUCGCUAUCUGGCUAGAGUUGCCACUUCCGCAGGGCUAUAUGGUUCUAAUCUUCUGGAACACACUGAGAUUGACCAUUGGCUGGAAUUCAGCGCGACAAAGUUAUCUACCAGUGCCCAGUUUGGUUCAGCACUCCUGGAGCUUAAUCACUGUCUGUCUCUGAGGACCUACUUAGUUGGAAACUCCCUGAGUCUGGCAGAUUUGUGUGUCUGGGCUGUACUAAAAGGCAGUAGUGCAUGGCAAGAACAGUUGCAGCAAAACAAGGCUCCAGUCCAUACAAAGCGCUGGUAUGGCUUUCUUGAGGCACAGUGUGCCUUUCAAUCAGUGGGUACCAAGUGGGCUGCAGUUGCAUCAAAGACCAAAGAGGCAACAGAAAAGAAACAAGAUGUUGGGAAAUUUGUGGAACUCCCAGGUGCAGAGAUGGGGAAGGUCAUUGUUCGGUUUCCUCCUGAAGCCAGUGGUUACUUACAUAUUGGUCAUGCAAAAGCUGCUCUGCUAAAUCAGCAUUACCAGGUUAACUUUAAAGGAAAACUCAUCAUGAGGUUUGACGACACAAAUCCUGAAAAAGAAAAAGAAGACUUUGAAAAGGUUAUCCUGGAAGACGUUGCAAUGCUGCACAUCAAACCAGAUCAAUUUACAUAUACCUCAGAUCACUUUGAAACUAUAAUGAAAUAUGCUGAGAAGCUUAUUCAAGAAGGGAAGGCGUACGUGGAUGAUACUCCUGCAGAACAAAUGAAAAUGGAGCGUGAGCAGAGAAUAGAAUCUAAACACAGAAAUAACUCUGUUGAGAAGAAUCUACAAAUGUGGGAAGAAAUGAAAAAAGGAACAGAAUGUGGACAAAUGUGUUGUCUACGAGCAAAAAUAGACAUGAAUAGUAACAAUGGGUGUAUGAGAGACCCAACCCUUUAUCGUUGCAAAAACCAACCACACCCACGCACGGCAAGUAGCUACAAUGUUUAUCCUACAUAUGACUUUGCCUGCCCCAUUGUUGACAGUAUUGAAGGUGUCACACAUGCAUUAAGAACAACAGAAUACCAUGACAGAGAUGAGCAGUUCUACUGGAUCAUUGAAGCCUUGGGCAUAAGGAAGCCAUACAUCUGGGAGUACAGUCGUCUAAACCUCAACAACACUGUGCUAUCUAAAAGAAAGCUCACCUGGUUUGUCAAUGAAGGGCUGGUAGAUGGAUGGGAUGAUCCAAGAUUUCCCACUGUGCGUGGUGUGCUGAGAAGAGGUAUGACUGUUGAAGGACUAAAACAGUUUAUUGCUGCACAGGGCUCCUCCCGAUCUGUUGUCAACAUGGAAUGGGAUAAAAUUUGGUCAUUUAACAAAAAGGUCAUAGACCCAGUGGCACCUCGGUAUACUGCGUUACUGAAGGAUGAAGUGGUCACUGUGAACGUUCCUGAAGCCCUAGAGGAGAUGAAAGAAGUGGCCAAACAUCCAAAGAAUGCUGAUGUUGGCUUGAAGCCUGUGUGGUACACUUCCAAAGUGUUGAUUGACGGUGCAGAUGCAGAGACAUUGACUGAGGGAGAGACUGUUACAUUCAUAAAUUGGGGCAACAUUAUCAUCACUAAAAUACACAGAAACUCAAGCAGGAAAAUUGUGUCCAUUGAUGCCAAGCUGAACAUGGAGAACAAGGACUACAAAAAAACAACUAAGAUCACUUGGCUUGCAGAGACCCCACAUGCACCUCUCAUUCCAGCUGUCUGUGUUAACUAUGACCAUCUGAUCACCAAACCUGUCCUAGGUAAAGAUGAAGAUUUCAAGCAAUAUGUCAACCGAAAUAGUAAGCAAGAAGACCUGAUGUUAGGUGAUCCUUGCCUUAAGGAGUUGAAAAAAGGAGACAUUAUACAACUUCAGAGAAGAGGAUUUUUUAUUUGUGAUCAACCCUAUGAACCAGUGAGCCCAUAUAGCUGUAAAGAAGCCCCAUGUGUUUUGAUUUAUAUCCCUGAUGGACACACAAAGGAAAUGCCAACAUCUGGCUCAAAAGAGAAGACAAAAGCAGAAACUGCAAAGAAAGAGGCUAGUUCAGCUUCAAAGGGAAAGUCUGCUCCACUUGUUGCUGAUACCUGUAUUCCAGCCUCUGCUCCAUCUGAGGACCCCCUGGUCUUUUACAACAGAGUGUCUGCUCAGGGUGAUGUAGUUCGUGAUUUGAAAGGUAAAAAGGCUGCAAAGGAAGAUAUUGACGCAGCUGUGAAACAGCUAUUGGCCUUGAAGGUGGAAUACAAGGAGAAGACAGGUCAGGAGUAUAAGCCUGGAAAUCCUCCUGCAGCAGCUGUAGCAGUACCAAAUGUUUCUUCGACACCUCAGACCUCCAGCAAUCUGGACAGCAAAGCUCUUUAUCAUAAAGUAGCUGAGCAAGGGGAGGUGGUCAGAAAACUGAAAGCUGAGAAAGCACCGAAGGAUCAGAUAGGUGCUGCUGUGAAAGUGCUUCUAAUGCUAAAAGCAGACUAUAAACAACAGACAGGCCAGGAAUACCAACCUGGAAACCCACCUGCUGUGCUCAUUCCUUCUCCUGUUCCUACUUGUCCAAUAGACAGCACAUUUCUAUACAGUAAAGUAGCUGAACAAGGGGAAGUGGUUCGCAGACUUAAAUCAGAGAAAGCUUCAAAGGAUCAAAUAGAUGCUGCUGUGAAAGUGCUUUUAACACUAAAGGCAGAAUAUAAACAAAACACAGGUCAAGAAUACAAACCUGGAAAUCCACCUACAGCUCCUCUUUUUACAUACUCUUCUGCUGCUACUCUUCCUUCUCCUGUAUCCUGCAAUAAUUUGACACCCUCUAGCUCAAUAGACAGCAAAAAUCUUUAUGAUGAUGUAGCUGAACAAGGGGAGGUGGUUCGCAAACUCAAAGCAGAGAACGCUUCAAAGGAUAAAGUAGAUGAAGCAGUGAAACUCCUCCUUUCUCUGAAAGCAGAAUAUAAAGAAAAGACUGGGCAGGACUACAAGCCAGGACACGUGUCAGCAACUCAGAUAUCUGCUUCACCCCAAAAAACAAGCACAGAAAUCAGUGGCCCAGACACACCAGAAGCUAAAGCUUUGUUUAACAAGGUGGCUUGUCAAGGAGAAGAGGUCCGUAAACUAAAAGCAGGAAAAGCAGAAAAGGAUAAAAUAGAUACAGCAGUGCAAGAACUGCUUCAACUGAAGGCCCAGUACAAGUCUCUUGCAGGAGUAGACUAUAAACCUGUCUCUGCCACUGGGGUUGAGGAUAAAGACAAGAAAAAAAAAGAGAAGGAGAACAAGUCUGAAAAGCAGAAUAAGCAACAGAAACAGAGUGAUACUCAGAAGAAAGACUAUCAGAAAGACCAAGGUGGUAAUGGCCUCUCCUCAGACGGUCCAGGAGAAGGUCAAGGGCCUAAGAAACAGACCAGGCUCGGUCUAGAAGCUAAAAAAGAAGAAAAUCUUUCUGAUUGGUUUUCUCAGGUGAUCACAAAAUCAGAGAUGAUUGAAUACUACGAUGUGAGUGGCUGCUACAUUCUUCGUCCAUGGACUUUUUUCAUUUGGGAAACCAUCAAGGAUUUUUUCGAUGGUGAGAUCAAGAAACUUGGUGUAGAAAACUGCUACUUUCCCAUGUUUGUGUCCCAGGCUGCUCUGGAGAAAGAGAAGACUCAUAUUGCUGACUUUGCCCCUGAGGUUGCUUGGGUUACGAGAUCUGGUAAAACCGAGCUGGCUGAACCAAUUGCUGUACGUCCUACAAGUGAAACAGUAAUGUAUCCUGCCUUUGCAAAAUGGGUGCAGUCACACAGAGAUCUUCCUAUCAAGCUUAAUCAGUGGUGCAACGUAGUGCGUUGGGAGUUCAAACAUCCUCAGCCUUUCCUGCGCACUCGUGAGUUCCUUUGGCAGGAAGGACACACAGCAUUUGCUACAUAUGAAGACGCAGCAGAAGAGGUAUUGCAGAUUCUUAAUCUCUAUGCUCGGGUGUACGAAGAACUCCUGGCAAUACCUAUUGUGAAAGGAAGAAAAACUGAAAAAGAGAAGUUUGCAGGUGGAGACUAUACAACCACUGUGGAAGCAUAUGUAUCUGCCAGUGGAAGAGCUAUCCAGGGAGCAACAUCGCACCAUCUGGGGCAGAAUUUUUCAAAAAUGUUUGAGAUCGUAUUUGAAGAUCCCAAGAUACCAGGAGAAAAACAGUUCGCCUAUCAAAACUCUUGGGGCAUUUCAACUCGGACCAUUGGUGUGAUGACAUUGAUCCAUGGAGAUAAUAUGGGCUUGGUGCUACCACCUCGGGUAGCUUGUGUUCAGGUUGUAAUUAUUCCUUGUGGCAUCACAAAUUCUCUUUCUGAAGAGGACAAAGAGGCACUGAUGAAGAAAUGUAAUGAAUAUCUUAAAAGGCUGCUCCGUGUCAAUGUCCGCGUUCGUGCUGACUUAAGAGACAACUAUUCACCUGGUUGGAAGUUCAAUCACUGGGAGCUUAAGGGUGUUCCCAUCAGGCUUGAAGUGGGACCACGAGAUAUGAAGAACGGUCAGUUUGUAGCUGUCAGAAGAGACACAGGACAGAAGUUGGCCUUCGCUGAACAUGAGGCAGAGGAUAAACUCAGACACAUUUUGGAGGCGAUCCAUGCUAACCUUUACAACAAAGCUUUUGAAGACCUAACGAAUCAUAUGGUGGUGGCCAAUAACAUGGAAGACUUUCAAAAAGAACUUGAAGCAGGAAAGAUUGUGCAGAUUCCCUUUUGUGGGGAAAUGGAGUGUGAGGACUGGAUCAAGAAAACUACUGCCAGGGAUCAAGAUCUUGAGCCUGGUGCCCCGUCCAUGGGAGCAAAAAGUCUCUGCAUCCCCUUCAAACCUCUCUGCGAGCUGAAGCAUGGAGCAAAAUGUGUCUGUGGCAAGAACCCCGCCAAGUUCUACACCCUCUUUGGUCGUAGUUACUAAGUUACUAGCAAAAACACCUUGUUCCUUAUCUCUGAACUCAACUUUUUUUAAUAAGACUGAAAUCUCCCCAGAUCUUAUCAGUUUUGUGACUUUUUAAAUAAUUCAAAAAACAAAGCCAUAAGAAACCAUAAAAAACCCCAGUCGUCAGUCUUAGACUAGCAGUAUUGCUCAGAAUUUUCUGUAAACAUCUCUAAUAAUAAAUACGUAUUGUGAGCUAUAA